UACUGUAUGAUGGAGGAGAGAGAAAUCUGAGCACUCCAUUAAAAACAACAUAUGUACACUGCCGAGGAAUGUAUAAGAUCGAUACCAACAUGCAUCAAAGCACAAAAAGCAGGUUUUUGUGGAGAUAAUGAAUGGAACUUACCUGUUUUUAAAAAAAAAUUGUGUCUUUCAUUGUCAAAAAAAAUCUUGUGGUUGCUUGAUGUCUGUACAUGAUGUGCAGUCUCCUAUAGCGGCGUGUACUCGCCCUGCUCUCUUUAAAUGGAAUCAGUAAGGAGGCAAGAGGAUCAUCAUAAACUGGCAGUUGUGACUCCAAGUGAAAGCUGAAGAUUGACGAACAAUUUGGACUGGAUUUUGAAAGUAACGUAGAAAUAUAUAUUGCAUGCUUUCCACUGGGCCACACACCUGGAUUAUCAGCACUUCUGUGUGUAAGCCAAAGCAUGCCAUCAGAUGAGUGUGUAAAGGACUGGAGAGGACUUAAUUCUGCUUCGUUGUUGUUGGAUUACUGGCACAUAUUGUACAUGUGAGGUCUAAAUCCGAAUUAUGUUGUACAAAAGAAGAAAACAUGUAAAAAUGUGAUUUUUGGUGAAGAGACGAGUAAAAUGGAAUGUUCCUGUGGGUGAAACUGUAGCGUCCAUACACGCAGAUUCACAGCUACUCUGCUUGUAUGGGAUCUAGAGAUGGUACCUGUACCAGGAACACAUGCUUUUAUACAUGUGUGUGUGUGAGAGCACGAUAGGAGCAGAUUACAGCUGAGCCAUCAUCGCUGUGGAUAUUAUGUACAGUAGCAGGUUUUGUGAUGUUGAGUAAAAAAAAAACGUUACCAGUGGAGUGAACAAACAGUAUCUGUGCCAAAAUUGAGCUGAAUAUAUAUCUUUGAUCAACCAGCAUCAUCUUGAGGAGGCAACAUUUGUGGCUUUGAUUUCAGUUCUUUAUCCAUCAGGUCAGUUUAACUAGACACUAGUCCUCCUCUCUCAUUGUCAGCAGCUCCUAAGAAGAAGCACAUCUCAUUCAUCAGACUGCAAGUUCUUUCUAUGUACUAGUGACGUUGCCAAAUUGUAAUCACUCUCUGGACACAUAAUAAGCUACCAUGCUGAAGUUAUCUCUACUGUCAGAACAUUUCAGACCCAAGGUUGAGAUACUUCAUGUUCCAGAGCUAGUCAAAAUCCAGACUAAACAGAAACAGGGACCACUUUAAUUAUAAUUGUGCUUGUGAUGCUUUAUAGUCCAAAAAAUUACAUCAGGGUUCAAAUUGAUGACAGAUUGUCAUUACGGGUGCUCUGUGUCAUACAAAAUCUUGGAAGGGGUUUCCGUUAUCUCGGGGAUGUAGUAACUGCUGUGGGCCUUCGGGUUUACAAGCCUCAACCCACUGAACCCUUCUGUUAAAUGUGAGCACUUUAAAGACUUAGAAGCCAUUUGUUUCCAUGGUGUUGAAGUAGGGAUUUGAUGAUAGCAAAAUAAACAUUUAAAAGCAGAUCUCUGCACUGUAAAACAGACAAGACUACACCACUGCAUUCAAUACAUUUGUAUAAAAACUUGAAAUAGUGAAUGGAGGCUUUCAUGUGGUAGAGAGAACGAAGUGAAAUUUUGAAAAGCUAAGACAAUAGUGAGAUAAAGAGAGAAAUGCAGGACAAUACUAAUGUGGUGAUUUUCUCUUCUCGUGCUCAAUAUUAUUAUUUGUUUACAUUUUUAAGUAUUAAACAACAGCUGUUUGAGUCUGUUACCCAUUCUGUAUAGUUACUCUUUACAUUAAUAAAUAAAAAUUCAUACAUUUUGAAAAAAAAAAAAAGCCUGUUGAUGCAUUUUUUGUAAUUUGAGAUUUCUUUUUAUUCAUGUCAUGUCAAGUUUAUUCUGUGAAACAACAGAGCUGCUACUGACUGAACAACACGUACAGGAAGUUGAGCAAAUGUGUGUUUGGGUUUGUUCACAUGUGUGGUAAUGUGCACUGGUGACUAUGAGUUUCUAGAGUGAGCACGAGUUUGUGCGUCUGUUUUCACCUGCUGUGUUCCCACACACACACACCCACCCUCCUGCACACACGUAUACACACACUCCCACACACAAAAUUGCUAGUAUAUUACUUACACACAUUCAGACGUUUCUAUCACUCCAAGAUAUUCAUCCACCAACAUUCAUCAUGACUGGAAGAGUUGUUUUUCUCGUAUUCCUGCUCUUCUGUGUGGCUGCAGAUGCAAAGAAGAACUCUGGACUCAUGAGAAAGCCAUCUUGUGCUGACAUGGAGGAGAUUGUGGCGUGUCCUCUGAACCUCGCCCCUCUGUGUGGCAGCGAUGGGAACACCUAUGCCAAUGAGUGUACCCUGUGUGCCCACAGACAAGCAACCAAGAUGGACAUUUGGUUGCCAAGGAGGAGAGCUGCUGAACUGCGCAGGUGGUGAUGUCACAGCUAAAGCAACAAAUCUAUGUCUGAUGAUCAAUCAAUGUGGAUCUAUGAAAUUGAUCCUAACUGUCCUAAAUAUCUAAUUGCCAUGAACAAUAAAAGUUAAUCAGCACUAAA